AGCUAAGAUAGCUAGCGUAGAUGCGCGAGGCUGCGGUACUGGUUUAGUGUAGGUUGAGAAAGAAAUGUCGGCUUACAGGCGGUCACUGACUGGACUCUUGCUCAAUAUUUCGGUCAUGUGGGAGAGCGAGACGUAACGCUCUUAAUGAUCUGAUAGAGUCUCGAGAGCAGCUGUUGGAGAUUGGUGAAACAGCUCCUUUAUAACAAAACAACACAGGAGUUUGCCUGGUCAGAGUUCUUGUUUAGACCGGACCGGAUUUCUGUAUGGUGUCUGAGCCCUUGCACCAUCUUGAUUGUAUCUGUUUACGCGGAUAAGAAGCAGAGGAAAUCGAUGAAGAUCGGAGGUCAACCUGGUUUAAUAUCCGUGAUGAGAGAGCCAGCGGCACACGACGAGUAGAGACGCGAACGUCCGUGCGCUGUUUUUCAGACACCGACGAGCGAUCGGGUGUAGCAUCCAGCCUCAGAUAAAUCCAGUAUCACUCUUCACGAUGUCUUACUACAACAGAGAGCUGGUUGUGUACUUCAUCAAGUACAAGCUCUCCCAGAGAAACUAUCCCUGCAGCCACAUCGGGCUCACGGAAGAUGCGAACGGAUCUGAAGGAGGCGAGGCGGAGGAAGGGAACGCAGCGGGAGCGAGAGAACCGGAGACGCCCACAGCUGUCGUUAACGGCUCCUUAAACGGGACGGGUUCGACAGGGACUCCUCCACGAUCACCGACUCUGUCCCCUCAGCGGCAGGUGAAUGGAAGAGCGAGCCUCGAGGCGGUAAAAGAGGCGCUGCGCGACUCGGCCAACGAGUUCGAGCUGCGCUACACACGCGCCUUUAGCGACCUGUCGUCGCAGUUGCAUAUCACUCCGGUCACGGUGUACCAGAGCUUUGAGAGUGUGAUGGACGAGGUAUUCCGCGACGGCGUCAACUGGGGCCGUAUCGUGGGCUUGUUCGCGUUCGGAGGUGCCCUCUGUGUCGAGUGUGUGGAAAAGGAGAUGAGUCCACUGGUGGCACGUAUCGCAGAGUGGAUGACCGUCUACCUGGACAACCACAUCCAGCCCUGGAUCCAAGAGCAAGGAGGAUGGUCAGGCCAAAAUCACGAUCUUCAAGCUGCGGGUUUGAGAAUGAUGAGAGGAGCAGCAGGUGGAAUCUGGCAGAGGGAGAGAGAGGCAGAGAGGCUGCAUUACUGUAUCUGUGGAGGAGCGUUUUGCAGAGAUCUUUGGAAAUGAUUCAGCAGGAGAGAGCAGAAGGUUGGAGGAAAGCUUCAAGAAGUGGUUGCUGGCAGGGAUGACGCUGUUAAUGGGGGUGGCGGUGGGCUCCAUCAUCGCUCAGAAGCGCCUGUAAAGAUUACCGAAGACGCAUCAUCGGCCUCCACCCAGUAUACACCUCAGACACACAUGAAGGAACUUUUACCCAGCAAACAUUUAUUUUUGUUUUGUACUUGUUUUGUUUUGCCAAGAAUUAUCAUGUUUACACCCCCUCAUCCUCCUCAUCUUCCUCCUCCUCCUCCACUCACAGUGCACUGUGGGCUGUGUGAGUUACCCAAGUACAACUAUACACAGUCCUAACCUGGUGAAAGUGGACUUGUUGCCCAAAGUCACUUAUUUUUUUAUUUUUUUUAAUUGAUUGAAAUAGAUCACCUUAUUUCUGUUUGUUCUGUGUUAAAAAAUGUCAUCUUUUAAAAAAAAAAAAAAAAAAAAUGUACACAUUAUUAUUUUAUCGUGAAAGGUGACAGCGAUUCAGAGCUCUUUCUGAGACCUGAGUUUAUAUGCGAAGUACCUACUCACAGAUUCUAGAUGGAAUCUCAGUUCAGACUUCUGGUCCCUUCAGAGGCUUGUGAACCGGACUAGCAGACAUGCGCAGAACCUUGCACUACAGUCACAAGCCCUUUCCGAGUCGCCGGGUUCUUCUCAACACGGCGUCUUUACCAGUAAGGGACAUUGACGGGAAAGGUAUUCGCCUUUGGAAGUGAAUUCUGUAGUUUAGUGUGGAACUGUAGGCUACUUUACAUCCAGAAAGAAAAAAAGAGCCCAGAAGCGUGGGGUGAUUCUACGUAUGGGAUUUAUGACGAGGAUCAGAAGCUUUCCAUUUUUCUACAAGUGCUCUCUGAGAUGCUUAGUGAGAGCCUGUGUCGGAUAAAGUUCAGUUUUCCUGUGUGUUUGUUUGUUAUUAAACCUAAACUGGUUUAAAUGGGUGGUAACUUUUCUUUACACCAUUGGGAGUAUUGUAAUGAGAGCUAGAGCUGGCCCUUUCCUCUCUGUUAUUGUUGCCACAUCAUAAAAAGCGUAAUGUAUAAUAGACUAAACUUAGAUUAAAACGCAUCUCAACAAGAGUCCACUGUGUCUUGUGUGGGUUUCGGUGGUGGUUUGUGUUGGAUUUGGCUUUAAAAGAGAACCCCAUCAGAGCAGGUCAUAGACGAGACACUUAGUUAAGUCUAGCUUACUUUAGUUCUAAUUAAUUUAUCAGUCGGUGAUUUUCUUGUAAUUCUCGAAAUGCUAUUUUGCAGUGUGUGUGUGUGUGUGUGUGUGUGUGUGUUAGUGAGUGAGUGGGUGCUUCCAUUCUGAGUGUACGUCCUUGUUUAUUUACAGCGAAGAACGUUUUAUUUUGAUAUUCAAAAAAAAAAAAAAAAAAAAACAGAACGAAUGUUUUACGUUGCUUUCUAGCGUUUAAGCCCAGAUCUGCCUGAAAUCCUACCAGCUUUACCAUCUUCUGUGCGCUAAUGUGCUGUAAAAGGCUCGGGGGGUCUGUUAUGGGAAGAGAAAUGUUUGCUGAAAUCUCUAUUAAAAAUUUUACACAUCUGGAUUUUUAUGCCUUUAUUUGAAGUGUUUAAGAAAUGUGAAGUCUAAAUUGAAAUUGGCGUGAACAUGUGAGGCAUCAAAUUCAAUUUUAUAAACACACAUUUAUUUGGAAAUUGAUGACCUCAGUUUGAAACAAAUCAUGAAUCAAACUGGAACGGCACGGGGGUCACAUCCCAGAAACAUGAUGGUGCAGUGGUUAAUGCUUAAUAAAGUGUGUGUGUGUGAGACCCUGCAAUAGACUUCCAUCCCAGUCAGGGUGUCCCCUCAUCACACCCACUGUCCAGGCUAGUCUCCCAUGAACCCUGACCAGUACAGAGCAGUGAAAUGAGUCAAUUUAAUUAAUUUGAUGAAUAUAAAAUUUAAUUUCAAACAGUGCAAUAUAUACAAACAUCACUUACAAACUCAAAUUAAGGCAAAUUCAGACUGACCUGGCAUAUAUUUCUCAUUCCAUAGAUAAAAGAGAUGCACGGGGAAUGGAAACUGUCUGGAUUUACCAAUCGGGGGCUCAAAGUUCUACUGCAGUGUCCGAGCUUGUGAAUAAAAAUAGUCUUUUCAUUUAAUUUGUGAGCGCUUUAACAGCCUACAGGACGAACAGGCCGUCUCUCCCGGAUGUCUUACUCUUGUCUGGCAUCUCUCUAUGUCUGUACUGCUGUGUUUAUUUGUAAGUUAGUCGCUUUCGCUGUCAUGGCGGCUCAAGCUGCUCAUCACUCGGAGAGGCCACCUGCUGCUCUGCACCUUACAGUGACCAGAAGCAAGCAUACUAAAGUUUUGCAAAAAAAAAAAACAAAACAAAAAAACAA